AACAAUCUCAUUGGAUUUCCGCGGUUGUGACCACGCCUUCUUUUUCAAGCUAGGUUGACGUUAGUCGGAAUCUGUUCUCCCUCCAAACCAACCGCAAGAGGGUCGCUCGCUGCUGCUGGCUUUGCGGAGUGGCGGAUUCUGAACCGCGUAAAGGUGCGCCUGGGAUAACCACAUCAGCAGCUCGCUUUACACCUCCCCGAUCCGUCCUGUAGUCCCUUCCUUCGCUCGCUUUCACUUCCCUUUUAUUGGACUGCCGUAGACUUCACAUCGCGGACACAGCAUGGAUAAAACAGAGCUGAUCCAGAAGGCCAAGUUGGCGGAGCAGGCCGAGCGCUACGACGACAUGGCGGCGUCCAUGAAGGCAGUGACUGAGCAAGGAGCCGAGCUCACCAACGAGGAGAGGAACCUGCUCUCAGUCGCUUACAAAAACGUGGUGGGGGCCCGGAGAUCGGCGUGGAGAGUCAUCUCGAGCAUCGAGCAGAAGACGGACGGCGGCGACAAGAAGCUUCAGAUGGUGAAGGAGUACAGAGAGAAAGUGGAGGCCGAGCUGCGGGAGAUCUGCCACGACGUGCUGGGGCUCCUGAGCAAAUAUUUGAUUGAUAACUCCUCUAAUGCUGAGAGCAAAGUCUUCUAUUUAAAGAUGAAGGGUGACUACUAUAGAUAUCUUGCAGAGGUUGCCUCCGGGGAUGAUAAGAAGGACACAAUAAGCAACUCGCAGAGUGCCUAUCAGGAUGCGUUUGACAUUAGUAAGAAGGAGAUGCAGCCCACACACCCUAUCCGCCUCGGUCUGGCUCUCAACUUCUCCGUCUUCUACUACGAGAUCCUCAACUCUCCUGAGCAGGCUUGUACCCUGGCCAAGCAGGCCUUUGAUGAAGCCAUUGCUGAGCUUGACACACUUAAUGAAGACUCGUACAAAGACAGCACACUCAUCAUGCAGCUACUUAGAGACAACCUCACAUUAUGGACCUCUGACAAUGCAGCAGAUGAGGGUGAAGGAGGAGAUGGAGAGAACUAAGACUCCAGCGUGUUGUCUCCACAGAUAAAAUGAAAAAAAAAGGGGAAAAAGAAAAAUAAAAAAAAAAACUUUUUACACAUCUUCAUUCCUUAUUGUUUCACUUACAAUUAUCUAGUCAUGUAAACCCAUGAUCAUUACCAAUGAGCCGUGUUUAUGAAAAUUACUAUUGUCCUGUUAUUUUUAAUCACCUGGCUUGAGGUUAUGAUGAUAUUAAGUUAAAAUAACUCCUCCAUUCCUUGGUUCUGUGGUUUUGUCCGUUUUGCCUUUAUGUGCAGUGUCUGCUGUAGAAAAGUAUUAGCCUCACAUGACGUCAGCAGUCCAUUAAUUAUGAGACAACUAGUGUAUGUCCUCUGCAGAUUUGCUGAAUUAGACGUGUCUAACAAGCACUGACAGUUUUGGGUAAGGCAGACAGGCUUUCUUCAAUAACAAACUGUAUUUUUGGCCACUUGUGCAAUACAUGUUUGCUGAAGAUUAAACCUCUUGUGAAGAAUGUUAGUGAUGGCUUGAACACUCCUUCACUCCAGUACUGUCAAGAUGAAAGGCUGCUGUUAAGUAGCUAAUCAGCUAGCACUACUCAGCCUGGCAAUUCUGCUCACUGGCUCUUUCAACCAAGGUUUCUCUUAAGUAACAUGACAAAACACUCCUUUCUAGACAAGACCUUUGCUUUGUGUUACUUUAAAGCAUGCCUGAGUCAAAAAGGUGCCACUGUAUUGAGAUUUACAAUGGAUUAAAAUAAUAAUAUUAAUAAAAGGUCAUGCAUGCCCAUUUUUCAGUAUUCACUGGUAUGGGAACUAAUACUGCGUACCCGUUGCUCCCGGGUUUGGUUAAAUACUUUCAUUGCAGGAUUGUGCACAUAUUGAGGAUCUUUUGGUUUGUCCAGUGAUGUUGAUCGAUAUACAGACCACUAUUGUGUUUUUGCUAAGCGUUUAUUGUAGUCCCCCAAGAGCCUUGUGGAAAUGUUCAAAUGCCCUAUGUAACAGCUAUGUAACCUGAAUUAAAAGUGACAGUUUUAUAAACCAUA